AGAGACGCUCGGGGGGGCGUCCCGGGAGGGGGCGUCCCGGGUGGGGGCGGCGGGGGGCCGGGCCGGCGGCCCGCGCUCCGUCUCUUCCACACCCCGCCAGGCAGCAUGACCCACCCCCGUGAGGCGCCCGAAACUGCCCUCUGAGCGCCCGGUGCCGGCGGAGCGCCCCGCUGCAGCCUGCCGACGGCACCGGGAAAGAUGCUGCUGCGGCUGGUUCUGCCCGGCUGACGCCCCGCCGCCGCUGCAUCCCCAUCCCCAUUGUCCCCUGGUCGUCUCCGGCUCCAUGAGCACCUCCUCCUUCCCCCUCCUCUGAGCUUCCCGCCCUCCACCUCAUGGCUGCAUCAGAAGAAGGGACCGGCUGUUUUCUCCCGCGAGGCAGGUCGCAGAGUGACCCCAGCAUCCUCACCGACCCCGCGGGACCCGGCGCCGGAAAGCAUCCAGAUGAGAUGGAGCAAUCCCCUGCAAUGCGUUCUGACUACUUGGUCUCAGGGAUUCGAACUCCGCCAGUGAGGAGGAACAGCAAACUGGCAACGCUGGGCAGGAUCUUCAAACCAUGGAAGUGGCGGAAAAAGAAAAAUGAGAAGUUGAAGCAGACAUCUGCAGUGCUGGAGAAGAAGAUGACAACACGACAAGGUCGGGAUGAACUCAUUAAGAAAGGCCUUCUGGAGAUGAUGGAACAAGAUACUGAAGGCAAAGGCUGCACUGGUGAUGAUGCCACGAGAGCAACACUAAGUGACCCUCCAGCUCCAGUGUGCCAGGCACUUGCCUCAGAAGAGGGGCAGCAAGAGAGUACAACAGCAGGCACAACGAAUGUGACCUUGGUUGGUGAGGAGCUGCAUUUGGAUGAGCUGAAAGAAGAUGCAGCCAAGAAACCUUCAGCACCCACAGAAGAAUUUGUAGAUGCCAGCCUGCCAGCAUCUGAAGACAGUCCACAAGCCUUACUUGUAUCUGAAUCCACAGAUUCCCCCCAGAAAGAGACAGAAAGAAACCCAGCCCAGCUUCCCAGUCCUCCAUUGCUUCCAGCUCCACCACCUAAGGCAAUCUCCAAAAUUGCGAAGGGCAUAACAGGAAGUGAAAUAGAUGACCCAGCCAUGAAAUCUCCUCCUUCCACCAUCCUGAAGAAUUAUGUCGUUGCUGGCUCCUCCCAAAUCUCAGGACAAGCUGCCCUCUUCCAUCCUUCUGGCCAGAAAAGUUCAGAUCCCCAUGUCAGAGGACAGGUAACGACGCCAACCGGCUCCCCUCACCUGGCUGCCGUCCACCCGCCUUUACCUCCCAGCAGAGUCAUUGAAGAACUCCACAGGGCUUUGGCCACCAAACACCGUCAGGACAGCUUCCAUGGAAGAGAAAGCAAAGGCUCUCCAAAGAAAAGAGUGGAUGUCCGUCCAUCCAGAACAUCGAGCAUGGAGCGCAACAAGGAAAAGGAGAACUUCCUGGGUUACAGCAGUGACUCAGAAAACAAGCGCAACUCAGUGAAAGAGUCGGAUGAGAACAAAGAAAACAUGAUCAUGAACUCAGAGCUCAAGGAAGACUCUGUUUUUUAUCAGGAUGAGGAAGUUUUGAAUGACUCUGUUAUUUCUGGUACUUUGCCAAGAAAAUGCAAGAAAGAACUGCUGGCAGUAAAGCUACGGAACAGACCCAGCAAGCAGGAGCUGGAGGACAGGAAUAUUUUCCCAAGGAGGACAGAUGAGGAGAGACAGGAAAUCCGGCAGCAAAUUGAAAUGAAACUCUCAAAGCGACUCAGCCAAAGACCUGCUGUUGAGGAGCUAGAAAGAAGAAACAUCCUUAAACAACGAAAUGAUCAAACAGAACAGGAAGAAAGAAGGGAAAUCAAACAGAGGCUGACAAGAAAGCUUAACCAGAGACCUACAGUUGAUGAACUAAGAGACAGAAAAAUCCUGAUUCGAUUCAGUGAUUAUGUGGAAGUGGCAAAAGCACAGGACUACGACAGGCGAGCAGAUAAACCAUGGACAAGACUAUCAGCAGCAGAUAAGGCAGCAAUUCGGAAAGAGCUAAAUGAAUACAAAAGCAAUGAAAUGGAGGUACAUGCCUCAAGCAAACACUUGACAAGAUUUCACAGGCCAUAGAAAUUUUCUUCUGAGAAGAAUCCGUCUUAACUUUUGAUACUGCUGCUGGACACAUAUUGGGGAAUAUCUGAGUCUUUCCCUAACGUUCAGUCCAGGACACCUUGAUGUUUAUCUGAAAGGACUCUGCAGAUGAAGCCUCUGCAGCAGCACUUACAUGUAGAAGGAAACAGCAGAGACAUACUUUGCUUUGAAGUCAGAAGAGUGAUGGCCUGUGGAGUGGGACGAUCUGCUGAAACAGACUGAAGUAAAGCUACUUGAAAGAACCUACUGCUCUCCUUUAGCACUCCUUUUAAACUGUUUUGCAGCCUACCUUGGAAAAGGAGAUGUGCAUGUACAGGCUUUACCAUUCCAAGGCCUCUGACAUAACGGACAUGACGCACUGUCAUUCAGUAUUAUAUUGACAAGACAUUUUGAACUUACCACAAUUAGUUUGUAAAACACUUAAGUUCAUGUUCUAAAAACUAAUUUAAUGUAUUAUAAUUUCAUUCUUUUUUAUAUAAUGUCUAACAGAAUCACAGCUGCAAGCAUUUUUGAUUCCUGUUACUUUUGUUCUUUAAUUAAAUUACUACUUAUUGCAGGAAAUUAA